AUGGAAAAACUCUUCAGGAACCGAGACCUUAACGUUAGUGUGAGAAUCACUAAGAAAGGUGAUGAGAUCCUGUUUUACGCAAAAGAUGUGGCGGAAUCUCUUGGGUACCUUGACACGAAGAAAGCAGUUAGAAACCAUGUUUGGGAAGAGGAUAAGUGCACUCUAGGGUCCAUCCGAAAGGGUGUCCUCGAGGACACCCUUUUGAAGGGUCAUCCUAGCACCAUCCUAAUUACAGAACAGGGCUUGUACCAGUUAAUUUUUGGAUCAGAACUUAAUACAGCAAAGGAGUUCAGGAGGUGGGUAUUUACUGAUGUCCUACCAUCUAUACGAAAAACUGGCACAUACAGUUUACCAGAUAGAAGGUCACUUAGAUACAACCAAAUGAUCCUAUUAAAUGAAACGGACCUACACCACACAGUCGUGAGUUACAUCAGGGAUAACUACCCAGAGGCUGUGGUAAUACCCGGUCUAGGUGAGUAUCAGGACACAUCAUCUAAGAGAUGUGAUGCCUGGAAGAAGGGAUACAAAGGUGGUCAGCCAGAUAUUAUUAUAGAGAAUCCUAUGGGGAAGUAUAAAGGAUUUGCAAUUGAAUUCAAGUCUCCCAAAGGCACCGGAGUCGCAAGUGAAAAGCAAGUGUUAUGGUUCCACAAACUUAUGAAGAUAGGUUACAUGGUGACGGUGUCAGAUGACCUUGUAAAAACUUGCAUUAGAAUCAACGAAUACUUUUCACUUAAGAAGGUCGCAAAGAAGGUCACAGCGAACAACACAUAG